UAUUUCAUUUGUUAUUUGUGUGCGUAGUGACGAGCAUAGAUUAUAAGUAAAAACAGCAAAAAGACAAUGGCGAUUAUUCUUCUAAAGUUAGUGAUUUUAUUAUGAAAAAUUUCGAAAAAAUGUGAUCCAAGUGUUAAUUCAUCAAAAACAAAUUCGAGGUGAGGCCUAACGGCCAAAGGAUGGUAUUGCCUGCAGAAAAGAGAUGGCACACAGCAUGUACAGACAAUGGCUGGCAAACAAAUAAAACAAUUGCUAAAUUCAAUGUGUAACGAAUGGUGGUUCAUAGUGGAUCAAAUAGAACAGAUCGUUGGCAGGCAGGAAGGAGUAAACAAUCGAGCGUGUCUAAGUAAUGAGCGAGACUCGGCAUCAUCUUCACUCGGUUUCGGACUUAUAUGCAGCCGACGAGAUAGAAGUACUUCUCUUAGAAGAAAUUCGUGACCUGGAAUUACCAGCCUCUGCAUAUUCCAGACCUGAAGAUAUUCAAGAUUUUGAUAUUGCAGGCAGUAGGACAGGGGGGCAAAUUAGCUCCCAACCUUUGGAACUGGAUUCACCAGGAGUUCAUUCAACAGUCCAUUCUUGGGACUCACAUGCUAAUUAUCAUGGUCAUUAUGGCUAUGGUGAUCACCAUGGCUCUUCCUCAAAUGCUUUGGCUUGGCCAAGAGCAAGUCAUUUAGUAUUUUAUUGUGACAUACAGGGGCAUCUUAAAACAGCUAUUGGUGUUAUUAGGCUCUUAUUACUUAUAUCAUCUGCAGCGUGUUUGGCAACAUUAUGCAGUUCCGGCACUGCCAAGGUCAGCUUAUUUAUGUUGCCUUUAGUUGGGCGGCUGCGUUUCAUGAUAUUUGUAGCAGUUUUCUGUUUUUUGAUCACUGCAUUACUCCUCUUCCUUGAUAUUUCGCAUGUUAUCUAUGUUUUUCCUUUCAAUUGGGCAAAAUUGAAUGCUUGGAUAUUCACUGGUAUAGGCUUAUCUUACGCCUUAAGUAGUGCAUUAUUAGCAUGCUCUAUAUGGGAAUAUCAUAGUGGUGGCUGGGUACCAAAACGCACUCGUUCUCAGUUGUCUGCUGCGGCAGCGCUUGGGCUGUCAUGUGCUAUUUUAGCCUUCUUACUUUCAUGGAUACAUGGACGCAGUGAAUCAAGUUGUAGAAGUUCAGAUAAUCGUAAUCAUACACCAACACAACUUUAUAAACCUGUUGAUAAUUCUUCCUCUUCAGGAGUUACUCUAAAAGAGCGUAGCCCUAAAAGACCUGCUUCAUGGAUUGUAAAAAAUCAACAGUCAAAAAAACAAAAUAUAGAUAGUAAUACAAACACAAAUAAUGGUCAUCAUGGCAAUGAUAAUCAUGCAAGAUACAAGCAAGAUGUCAAUAGAAAAGAUCAUUGGGCUUCUGCAAGGGAACAUUUUUUAAACACUCAAGAAAAUAACGAAGAUAUUCAAAGAAGUGAUAUUGAUAUUGAAAGGAGAAGAAGAAGGCGAAGAAGAGAUGGUGAUAAUAAUUCAACAGGCGAUGGAAAUUUAAUAAAUACCAAAAUCAAUAGUAGUCAUAUUUUGGAAGAUAAUAAAUCUAGACGGGUGCCGCGAAAAUUGCCUCUGCAAUCGGUAGAGCAAUCUCGACCUUGGCCUGGUGAACAUAGAAGUAAUGGUUCUACACAUGUUAGAAAUAAAACUUUACAGAUACCAGUGAAUAAUAAAGCACAAGACUAUUGUGAAAUGGAUGGAUCUAGUUCUAUGCAAGUGACUCAAAAUGGUUUUCACUGGGAAAUGGAAUGUACAUCUAGUAACAGUAUGGAAAAAGCAAUAGAUGUAGCUAUGGAUCGUACUGCCAUGUGGACAGGACAAUGGCAUCCACCACCUGACGACGUCCAACCUUGUUCUAGCAAAACUAUUGAUCCUUACAGCUUUGCCUGAUUGAAUUUAAAAAUUCGUACACAUGUUUUAAUAAAUAUUGGACUCAUUGCAGUGAAUGAUUUUUGGGAACAGUUACAUAUUAGAAGUUUCCCUUGAAACAUCAUUUCGUAAUAUCAUACUUCUUUCACUAUUUGUAUUAAGGAAAAAACAGAAAUAAUGUUUUAUCAAUUUAUGUUAUUUCUAAAUGAAUCUAUUUGAAUUGAAUAUGUUUAAAAUUACUGUAUAUGUCACUUUAAUGUUAAAGUAGUGCACAGCAAU